CAGUAUAAGUUUGGCUCCGGCGACGUUCCGCCAACAAACGAUGUUCUCAGAAAAUCUGCCCGGUGUUCCAGGGAACAUUCGCCGGUCUUCCCGGGGAACCUAUUGGGUGGGACUUUCUUUCGUGCGCCACGCCGGGGUUCCCAGCUCCAUGGACACGUACUCCAACAAUCCAUCGGCCAGGCAGAGAACCGUCUAUGUAAGUCCAUUGUUUCCUGGAUGAGAACAUGCUAGUGCCCGCUUGGUUCGGAAAUAGCAAAACUUGAACAUUUUAAAUAUAACCUUUACAGUAUUUCCAAAUAUUUUUAUGCACACCGUGGGUGGAGAGAAAAGUUGGGUAAAAUAAGAUUGCUGGAGACUAUGUUCGAGCAAAAUAAAUAUUUUUAAAAUUGUAUAGAAAAAGCGCAAACGGUGAUUUAAUAUCACAAAUUUUCCCAGACCUUGAAUGUUUAAUUAAAAAGAUAUGAGAGAAGUUUCAUGUAAGAUACAUGGAGAUAUUAAAAAUAUCUUCAUGCCUAUAUGGAAAUUCAUUAAAUAAAAAAAAAGAGCUUUCUUAAACAACAGUUACUUGAAGAAAAUAGAUAUCAUAUAUUAUAUUGUACUUCUAUUUAUAAUCUGAUAUCAUACAUUAAAUAUCGCACGUCUAGGUUUAAUUUGGUUGUUUCUGUUCAAAUCUGUUUCAGUCCGUGGACCAGAACACUAUCAGGUCCUAUUACCUGAGGUAUGGCAUGAUUGUUGAGUUGGAUGCAACGGGAAAACCGAUAGGAAGUCUCCAUGACCCCACAGGUGAGUGGCCCCUUGAAAUUGACCGUUGACCUGUGUCAUCCACCUGUGUGUCCCACUGAGCUUCUGACAGUCAUGACAAUCUUUUUGUUUCCUGUCUGCCAGCUGUCUCCCCCAGAAUAGCACUUUUUAUAGUACUUUUAGACAUAGAAAAAUAAUAAAUAUGGUCCAAUAACAAUGCCAAAUGAUUUAAUAACUAACCUAUACCUAUCAACGUAUGAUUCAGUGAGCAGACACCAGCUCGCGGUUGUAUUGCACGGUCCAGGUUCACUGACUUUUGUGUCAGAUGGAAGGAGAGAUUGGUCUCUACGAAUUUCAAAUUUCAAUUUUGGAAUUUCAGAAAAAAUAGUCUAUUUAAAAUGGACUAUACCCCACGAUCACAAGAAAUAUAAAAAUAAAAUUAAUAUAAAUUGAUAAUCUAAAUCUAUAAGAAGGAGUUAGUGUCCAUAAGUAGGAGUCAGUCUUUAUAUGUAGGAGUCAGUGUCCAUAAGUAGGAGCCAGUGUCCAUAAGUAGGAGUCAAUGGCCAUAAGUAGGAGUCAGUGGCCAUAAGUAGGAGUCGGUGGCCAUAAGUAGGAGUCAGUGUCCAUAAGUAGGAGUCGGUGGCCAUAAGUAGGAGUCGGUGGCAAAGCUGAGGUUAGUGCCACCCGGGGCGGACCAAUAUUUUUGCCCCCCCCCCCUUUCCACCACAAAAGUUGCCCGAAAGUGUCUUCUCUUCAUAGAAAGAAAAAAAGUGCCCCAUUGUGUGGACCCCCCCACCACUCCUCCAUCCAUCCCCUUUCCUACGCCACUGCCAGGAGUUCUUGUAGUUUUUAGUAAAGUAUAAACUUGUUCAAAUCCCUGCAGGGAAGACAACAAAAUGUAAACCAAGUGUAAACAAAGUGUAAACCAAGUGUAAACAAAGUGUAAAAAAAGUGUAACCAUUGAGUUGAGAUCGACUUUGUUGUCGUCACUUUAAGGGAUAACUUGUAGAUGGAAACGAACAUGUGAAAUUCGGUCAAUGAAACCGUUGCCCACUCAGCACAAACCUUGCCACUGACAGGAAACUACAAACGAGUUGACGUUUAAAUGGGCAAGAAACUAUCCAGCUGAUGUGGAUUGACGGUGGACUUUCAGAAGUCACCUUGACCUUACCUACGUGAUAAAACAUUUGUUUAUGGAGGGCGCUGUUGAUAACUUUGAUUUGUACUCAGUCUUAGUGGCAUAUCCGAGAUCGGGGAAAAAAAGGGGGGGGGGGUGUGAGGAAUGAAGCAGCAUGGUCUAUUAUAAGGUGGUUUAACUUUGACCAACAAUUUUUGGUCUCAAUAUAAGUUUUUUUUUAACGUGGCCCUCUGUUUAUAAAAUUUUUCUACACGCUGAAGAAAAAUCCACCAACCAACCAACAAACCAAACCAGGCAGAUAGAUCGUAUCUGCAACAAGCCUGAACAACUCAAAAGAUGAAGCGGGCCGUAAAACUUUAUGAAAAAGAUAAUAGGACAGCGGGCCGAAAGAUAAUAGGACAGCGGGCCGAAAGAUAAUAGGACAGCGGGGCGAAAGAUAAUAGGACAGCGGCGAAAGCUAUUUCGUCACUUCGCGGUGGGUGUUGGCGGGCUGCCGUGGGCCGUAUGUUGUGCAGGUCUGAUCUACAAGACCAAAUGAAACUUAACCUUUCUCCCUAACAAUCACCUUUAACCGUGAAAGAUAUUUAUUAAGAUCAUGUUCAGCUGUGUGACCUUAGUUGUUCCCCCCCCCCACACACACACACUUCUAAAUACCUUCUAAUACGUAAUUUCAGUUAUAAAUGCAGUGUUAGACUCAGCGCCAAUGGCCAACUCGGUUGCCAAUGGUAACUUCGGGUGCCAAUGCGGGUGCUAAUGGUAAAAUCGGGUGCCAAUGGUAAACUCGGACGCCAAUGGUCAACUCGGACGCCAAUAAGAAACUCGAUUCAACUUCAGCCCAUCGCAUGUCUCUAUUCCAGGUAUGGUUAUCAACUCUAUUUCUGAAGCUGCUGAAAACGAAGGCCUCCUGUACAUCACCUCACCAAGCGUCCCAUACGUCCUGAGAAUUGUGCUGCCCCAAGGUGAUAACAGGGUGGUCACAAUUGACAGUGUCAUACAGGUAAACUAACAUAGUCCGGCAUUUUUUUGUGUGUGAUAAAGUAAAAUAGUGAUACUGAUAAAGUAACAUAACAAUACAGAUAAAAUAACAUAACCAUAAAAGUAAAAUAACAUUGCCAUAUAUGUAAAAUAACAUUGCCAGAAUGAACUGUAGGCUCAGGGGAGUGAGUUGUUUUGUUGCCCCUCACACUAACGACCACGAAGGUGGAGGCACAGGGCCGAAGGUGGAGGCCCAGGGCCGAAGGUCGAGGUACAAGGCUUAAGGUGGAGGCACAGGGCCGAAGGUGGAGGCACAGGGCCGAAGGUGGAGGCACAGGGCCGAAGGUGGAGGCACAGGGCCGAAGGUGGAGGCACAGGGCCGAAGGUGGAGGCACAGGGCCGAAGGUGGAGGCACAGGGCCGAAGGUGGAGGCACAGGGCCGAAGGUGGAGGCACAGGGCCGAAGGUGGAGGCACAGGGCCGAAGGUGGAGGCACAGGGCCGAAGGUGGAGGCACAGGGCCGAAGGUGGAGGCACAGGGCCGAAGGUGGAGGCACAGGGCCGAAGGUGGAGGCACAGGGCCGNUAAAAAAACCCCCCCCCCCCCCCCCCCCCCCCCCCAGUUCUUAUAAAUGUUAAUCGAUGGCUAAAUGCACGUGCAGGUUCUCAGAAGCAGAUGUCAGAUCCCCGAAGACAAACUAGUCGAGGCCAAGGCUGUUCUCACCCAGUACAUCAGCCAACAAACGGGCAACAGCACCAUCACCCCGACCACGAACACGUCACCAACAAGCUUUACGACUGCCACUCCCACCAUCACCGUUUAGUGUCACGUGACGUCCUCCGUGGGGGAACCAAUCAGAAGGAACUUAACGAAGAAUGGUUUUUUUUCCAUUUAAUUAUUAUUAUAAUUUUUUUUUUUUGGAUGCGGAAGUUGUAAUGAAAGAGACGCCAUCAUUGUAGCAAUGAAAAAUAAGCAAUACUUAUGACAUAGAUCUAUAACUUUAUGUGUGAACUUAUAAGAAUAACUUUAUUUUAUGACAUGUCACUUUACGUGUCAACCUAUAAGAAACACUUAUAUUAUGUCACUUUAUGUGUCAACCUAUUUUAAAGUGCAUAUGAACAUACAAACACGUGCCUAAUAUUUGAACUCUUAUGUACAGAUAGUUGGAGUAUGCUCAAAAUCUACUGAUAUUGUGGACUUAAAUUUGUAUAUAAUUCGAUUCAAUUGAUAAAAUUGCUUCAUGAACACGGAACUCGGUUGUUUAGGAGAUAAUGGUAGUUAAGGAAGUAAUGGUUGUGUAGGAGGUAAUAGUUGUUAGUAAUGUUAGGGGGGGGGGCAAUGUUUCCGGUCUUAAUAAUUAUUAAUAACUUACGUCAAGUAUCUAAAAAGUUUUUGUAUGGAAAAGGGGGGGGGGGNGGGGGGGGGGGAAGAGAGAUGAAUUUUUUGGUGAUCGAUUAUGAGGAAGUCUAAAUUUUGAUAUAAAUUGAUGACGAUGAAAAAAGAGGGAAAAAGGGGGGAGGUGGUAAAGAUCGGCCAAAAUUGUGUGACGUCAUUUAUGGAUUGCAAACCUCUGAAUCCCCCACAACGACAACAACAACAACAGCAUAACAACAACAACAAAAACAACAUAACAACAACAACAAGAAUAACUACAACAACAACAACAAUAACUACAACAACAACAAUAACUACAACAACAACAACAACCACAACAAUAACUACAACAACAUCAACAACAAUUACUACAACAACAACAACAACAUCAACAACAACAACAACAACAACAACCCCAACUCAAACAGCAAAAGGAUUGGUUAGUUAAGCACCCUUCUCCUCAAUUAGUUGCUGUAUCAGAGCCCUAUGUGAUUUCUAACUUUUGAACAGUGAUGUCGGCUGACGUCAGAGUUCUCUUCCUUGCUGUUUAGAUUAAUGAUAAAACUAUAAUAACUUUAACAACAAGGAGACAUUGUGAAGUCAUUUUGUUAUAAGAUGAUCCUAAUGAAAAGAAGUUACAACUAAUAUGGUUGUCUCAGAGAGUACGCCACUGGUUGGUAUAAAUGAUUUUAUGUUGAAAUAUGUCUAGCAGCUCAUUGGUCAUAAUCGUGUGCUAAUGGCGAAUAUUUUCAUAAUAUGAGGUGGAUGUUGUUUAACUUACGUGUAAAAAUUAAAUUAGUAAAGAAAUAAAUAUUUGAGUGCAGCGUCUUGUCGUUAAACUUUGUGUUUUUGUUGCAUAAUCUCUCAAAUAAAAAUAACACAUUUUUUUUUAAAAAUUA